UAAACAAACAUGGCGUCCGUGUGGAAACGCCUGCAGCGCGUAAACAAACGCGCUGCGAAAUUCCAGUACACGGCCUCCUACCAUCGUAUUGAUGUGGAGCUGACGCCGAAAUGGAAGCCUAAUAAGUUAAGUAUAGUUUGGACGCGACGCUCGCGACGUGUGGUCACUGAACCAUUAGAAUGGGAGCCGUCCCUCAAGGAUCCCUUGAAGGGGUCGGUAAUCUUCACGGUUCCGGAGAACCAGACGGUGGCGGUGACGCUGUUCCGUGACUCGCGUACUAACGAGCUCGAGGACAAGGACUGGACCUUCGUGUUGGAGGACGUUUCUCCCACUGGCAAGCGACGGCGAUUGGCAGCCAGUGCGCUGAACCUGCGGCGUCACGCGUCACUGGCUCCAGCGCAGCGGGCUCUCAAGCUAUCGCUGGAGCCCACCUCGCGGAAACUACGGGCCGCCAGGAUACACCUCACACUGCACUGCGUGCUACUGCGUGAAGGACAGGCCACUGAUGAAGAUAUGCAGUCGCUGGCUUCUUUAUUAUCAGUGAACAAUAAUUCAGACAUUGCUGUAUUAGAAGAUUUGGACGAGGAUGACUAUACUCUUUCAGACAAUUCCACUAGACAGAUGCUGGAUCUCCGUCAACAAAUGGAAGAAAUGACCCAAAGUCUAACGAACAGUGAUAUUGCAGCCACACCUAAUAGUGUACAAAGUCUCAACUUCGAUAAUUCCCGUACUCCAACAGCGCCUAUGAGUCCAGAAUCAACUACACCUACCACUCCGGUUCCACCUAAAGAAGUCGAAUUAGAUUUGAAGAUAAACGAAACGCAGAAUGCACCAAAAUCAAGGCCAGAAUAUCUCAGUAACUUAACUAAAUUAGCGAUGAAAACAGAACCGCCGAAGUUUACGUCGACGCCGAAAAUAGUUCCGGAAAAAGUGACCGAGGAUAUAAAAGUUGACAGUUUAAAAGGUGUUGUGUUUAAGCCGAAGACGGUCGCGAAAAGGAACCUUAAGCCGUUGGAGUUAAAGACUAAUUUGAAUAAUAUAAGUUUAGAUACUAAUGACAAUGAAGAAGAUAGUGAUAAAACACCCGUGGCGGAGAUUGACAAACUGUUCCCUUUGAAGGGUCUGGAUAAGGAUAAAACUCCAGUCCAAGAUCUUCUCGAGUGGUGUAGUGGGGUGACAAGUGAGUACCCGGCAUGUCGUGUCACCAACCUUACCACUAGCUUCCGGUCUGGACUCGCUUUUUGCGCGAUUAUACAUCAUUUCCGGCCAGACUUGAUCGACUUCUCCGGGCUGCAGGCGGAGCAGGCGGAGAGCAACGUGCGCGCCGCCCUGGAGGCCAGCGCGCGGCUGGGCAUCGCGCAGGUGCUGACGGUGGCCGACGUGUGCCGCCCGCCCGCCCCGGACAAGCUCGCGAUAAUGACAUAUCUCUUCCAAUUGCGGGCCUACUUCACCGGGAACGAGCUACAAGUUGAACAACUUGGUAACGACGAGACGGAGUCGUCGUACCUGGUGGGGCGCCACGACACGGACGGCGCGCUGCCCGCCGAGCUAUUCAGCCGCGAGGUGGCGGCGCGCCGCUCGCGGGGCCCGCGGUCGCAGCCCGAGCGCCGCGCCUCGCCCGGCUCGCCGGACAAGGUCGCCAUCCGGGACGUGCUGCUGCACUCCAAGACCCUCCUCGGGAAGAUGCUGUCUCCGGCGAGGGAGCGGGACAGGGACAGAGAGAGGCCCAACUCUCGCUGGUUCGCUGAAGCGCCGCGUCCUCCGCCCGAGCCAGUCCCAGCUCGACCGGAAAAGCUAAUGACUCGCAAAGAAUUGACAGACCCCUUCGGUUCUGAUGAUGAAGAGGAACCUCAAGUUAACAACACUAAUGAUGUUGGAAAUGGGGUCAUUGCGACAGAUCAAGAACAGAAACCUCAAAUCGAACCAGCUACUACUGACCCACUGACCUCCCCCCCACAAGAAACGAUCACCAACGGCACUGACUCCAAAGCGAUCGAACUACCGAAACCGACUCCGCAAUUACUAUCACGACACGAUGAGCUAAAAGAGAAAGCGAGACAAUUGCUCGAGGCUACUAAAAGAGAGGCGAGAGAUAAGGAAAGGAUAAAACGACAAGGGUCGAAAGAUGGCGAUGAUAAAGAGGUCGUAAACGGAUUGAGGAACGGAGACCCAGGAAGUCCGAAGAAGGUGCUAUCUGAAGAGGAAAGACAAGCGACAUUACGAGAACGAGCCCGGAGACUGAUCGCGGACGCGCGCGCCGGCCUCGUCAGCCCUACAUCUCCACUGUCCCCAUCUCGGAACCGUGGUACUUUGGAGAUAAUCAGCAAGCAAUCUGUAUUGGAUGAACUGGCUGCUGCGGGUGUGGAACAAUUAGAAGGUUUAGUUUCGAGGCCGGAGUCGGUACCUUCGAGUCCCGGGUCGAGGAAGAGCGCACCGAGCCCUGAUGGAUCUGAACACGCCGGUUCGGAGAGUCGAGACUCUCCCACCUCUCCGAACCCACUCUCCGCGCUAGUCGAGCGACUUUCUCCCGAUCUUGAUACUGAACAGCGGUCGGACGGCGGGUAUCUGGCCGGUGAGCUGGCGGCGCUGGAGAGGGAACAGAGAGCGGUGGACGAGCGGGCGGCGGCCCUGGAGAAGCAGCUGCGGCGGGUCAUGGACGCCGCCGACGACACCGAGCUGGCGGCGCUGGAGAGGGAACAGAGAGCGGUGGACGAGCGGGCGGCGGCCCUGGAGAAGCAGCUGCGGCGGGUCAUGGACGCCGCCGACGACACCGAGGAGGAAGACCGUCUCAUGUCUCAGUGGUUCAAUCUCGUCAACAAGAAGAACGCUCUGCUAAGGCGACAAAUGCAACUCAAUAUACUUGAGCAAGAAGAGGAUCUGAGUCGUCGCUGUGAACUAUUAGCGCGCGAGCUUCGCUUGUCUCUAGGAGUGGAGGAGUGGAGGAAAACUCCAGGACAGAAAAGAAGGGAGAGACUCUUGCUACAGGAAUUACUGUCAGCGGUAAACGAAAGAGAUCGACUCGUUCAAGAAAUGGACGAACAGGAAAAAGCGAUAGCAGAAGACGACGAGAUCCAACGUAACUUAUCAAACGUUGAAAUACAAAGGAAAAACAACUGUAUCUUACAAUGAAUAAGGGCUAAUAUCUCACACGCUUACAGCUUACACACACUGAUAUAUUAAUGUAAUUGACACGAUCCGCGUAUGUGUGCGUGUUCUUGUAAAUAUGUACGGUUUAUUUGUGCCUCACUCGUGUAGCAAACGUCGUGCGAGUAGCACGUGCUGUAAAAACUUUUAUGACUACCG